UACAAUCAACCAAAUCGGAAGUCCCAUAAUGCACUCAGGGAAUCGCCAUUUCCACUUUCAGAGUUGGACUUUAUUUUAAAUGUUUGAAAGUUUGGCUUCUACCUUAAACUGGAGUACACUGAUCUGUAAUUUUACUGUUGUUGGAACCGGCGACCUAAGCCUGCAGUCAUGUCGAAGGCAAAGACACAGCAGCCUGCAGUUAUACAUAAAGUUAUAAUGGUUGGGAGUGGAGGCGUGGGCAAGUCUGCACUUACACUUCAGUUCAUGUAUGACGAGUUUGUUGAGGACUAUGAGCCGACCAAGGCGGAUUCCUACCGUAAGAAGGUAGUCCUAGACGGAGAGGAGGUCCAGAUAGACAUCCUAGACACUGCAGGACAGGAAGACUAUGCAGCUAUCAGAGACAACUACUUCCGCUCCGGGGAAGGAUUCCUCUGUGUCUUCUCCAUAACAGAACAAGAGUCAUUUCAGGCCACAGCAGAAUUUAGGGAACAGAUUUUAAGGGUAAAAAACGAUGACAACAUUCCUUUUUUAUUGGUGGGAAACAAGUGUGAUUUAGAGGACAAGCGCCAAGUAACGAUAGACGAAGCACAGACCCGAGCUCAACAGUGGGCAGUUCCCUACGUUGAGACGUCCGCCAAGACUCGCGCUAAUGUAGAUAAGGUAUUUUACGAUUUAAUGAGGGAAAUCAGAUCACGGAAGAUGGAGGCAAUUCGACAGAGCAAUGGAAAGAAAAUUCGCAAAAAGGAGAGCAAGAAAAGGAAGUGUACCAUUUUAUAAGGUGAAAGUGUGUUAGGGAGACCUACUGGUUUUAUAGAGUAUCAUGACACAUGACCAAGUCGCCGGGGAAGGAAGGGAGGCUACUCUCAUUCUACAUCUGGAGUGGGAAACAAUUAGUCUACAUUGGAAGAUAUAUUCUUUGUCCCUUUGACUAUCCUCUUUCAAUCCCCACAUUUUAAAAUCUUCCUGUGGUGAUUGAUUGUGUAUUCCAGAUAUCUCUGAUGCUGUGUAUAAAGGGAGACUAUCCUGUUUUAUGUGUUAAGGGCCCAUCUCUUAAUCUGAAGGAAGGGGGAUAACUCUGACAGAUGUUUUUACUCAACUAUAACCCAGUGAUUGUAACCCUGUACCGAUGUGUGUACUAAAGUUUACGAAGUGUCUACCAUUUUUGUGCUCAGUUUAAAACCAGGUCAGUGUUGACUUUACUUUUGUGAUGAGACUUCUGUUUGUGAUGUGGGACUCCAGGAAGAAUCAGAUCUGAUGGUGACAUCCAACAAACUCGCCCUAUAUUUUCUCCUCAUACGCAAUCCUAGAAAUUUGAUAACAUGUUUCACUUUUACAACCCAGCCAGAAAAGUCUCAACCGGUGCAAAGAGAGACAACUCUGGUUAGCUUGAAAGAGUAUGCACCAACACACGGACGAGGACUUCAUACACCAGCCAACAGAGACAGGUGUAUUAGUGACACACGGACACAGACAGUUCAUUGUCCCUUAAACUAUCUGCUAUAAAUUUUAAAUCCAGACUCCCCUCCUCAGUCAAGACACUUAGGUAUGAUGACAUUGCAUCUAUUUCUUACUCAAGAGGAUUGAACAACCUACUACCAGCAAAAAAUUUGGUUUUUAAAGCAUGAACAAAGCUAUUAUGUGGUAAAAUCGGACUGACUGAAAGUUUGAGAACACAUUGAUAAUGAUAUUUAACAGGAACUGAGAACAAACACUGAUUUAUUGUGGUGGUGAUGAUGUACUGUAUAGUGGCUUAUCCUCUCAAGGCUUUUAUUUACCUGAAAUUACCUUGUAAACCUAUAAUUACCUAGUAAAUGUUUUGACCUUCAGGGUAUUCAUUGAAACUUCGCUAAUUCUCCUUUUUGUUUUCUUGGUAAAUGCUUACGAAAGUUUAUAGUAUCACACAUAAAAUCACUUGUGAUUCCCAAAAUUCAACAUAUAAGCGUAAUAAAUCCUGUAAAAUUGUGAAUUUGUACACCACCAUACGUCCUUUACACCUCCUUACAUUUUGUAAGUGUGAGAACCUGUAGUGUUCAUACAUCCCCUAACAGUAUCAGAGUUGCCAAGUCUCUGAGACUGACUCACGCUGAAACAUGUCUCACGCCAUGCAAGCCAUAAAUCUCACUCAUUUGAAAAUCAGUCAGUAUGUUAGUGUGACAAAAAAUUGUUCCACCAUUGGAAUUCUGAGUAACUGUAAUGGCUUUAGUUUGACCUCUAAAUCCUACCAAAGUUCAUCUGAAUUGAAUCACAGCAGCUUUUAAUAUAUUGUCUCCUGUGUCAAUGAUCUCAGUAGGUUAAAGGUCAAACUGGAAGUGGAGGGGAAUCGGAUCUGGAUCAUGCAUAGUUACAAUUAUCCAUGUCAUUGCUUAAAGCUGAGAGCUUGACAGCUUCUUUUAUAUCAGUGACAUGGUCUCUGUUAUGUACCAUGAAGCAUGUAAAUGGUGUUGCAAAUAGAUUUCAGACCUAAGUCAUAUAUACAUUUUAAACUAUUUUAUCUACAUGUUUUUCAUUACAUCUUGAGUAUAUGUACCCAUUGAAAGGCUGAGUCAUGUAUAGUAUACCCUGUCUUGUCAGCUAUGUAAUCUGUAGGUUUUACACCGCCACUGUAAACUUGAAUCUGUCUUUGUGAAGGUCAUUCUGAGCCUCUUUUUCUCAAGUCAGGCUGAAAUAAUCUUCUAACUCAGAUUUAUGUCAGAGAAUGUGUAUGUGGUUUUGUGUUCAGGGUGUAUUCUGGUGUACCCUGUCAUGUUAUGGUGUACCUUAUGAUGUUUGGUGUACCCUCUGAUGUCAUAGUGUACCCUGUGAUGUCAUGGUGUUCCCUGUGAUGUCAUGGUGUACCCUGUGAUGUCAUGGUGUACCAUGUGAUGGUGUACCCUGUGAUGUCAUGGUGUUCCCUGUGAUGUCAUGGUGUACCCUGUCAUGUCAUUGUGUACCCUGUUAUGUCAUGGUGUACCCUGUGAUGUGAUGAUGUAUCCUGUGAUGUCAUGGUGUACCCUGUGAUGUCAUGAUGUACCCUGUGAUGUCAUGGUGUACCCCAUGAUGUCAUGGUGUACUCUGUGAUGUCAUGGUGUAUCCUGUGAUAGGAUGGUGCACCCUGUGAUGUCAUGGUGUACCCUGUGAUGUGAUGAUGUAUCCUGUGAUGUUAUGGUGUACCCUGUGAUGUCAUUGUGUACCCAGUGGUGUCAUGGCGUAGCCUGUGAUGUCAUGAUGUAUCCUGUGAUGUCAUGGUGUACCCCAUGAUGUCCUGGUGUACUCUGUGAUGUCAUGGUGUAUCCUGUGAUAGGAUGGUGCACUCUGUGAUGUCAUGGUGUACCCUGUGAUGGCAUGGUGUACCCUGUGAUGUCAUGGUGUACCCUGUGAUGUCAUGGUGUACCCCAUGAUGUCAUGGUGUACUCUGUGAUGUCAUGGUGUACCCUGUGAUGGCAUGGUGUAACCUGUGAUGUCAUGGUGUACCCUGUGAUGUGAUGAUGUAUCCUGUGAUGUUAUGGUGUGCCCUGUGAUGUCAUUGUGUCCCCAGUGGUGUCAUGGCGUAGCCUGUGAUGUCAUGAUGUAUCCUGUGAUGUCAUGGUGUACCUCGUGAUGUCAUGGUGUACCCUGUGAUGUCAUGGUGUAACCUGUGAUGUCAUGGUGUAUCCUGUGAUGUCAUGGUGUACCCUGUGAUGUCAUUGUGUACCCUGUGAUGUCAUGGUGUACCCUGUGAUGUCAUGUUGUACCCUGUGAUGUGAUGAUGUAUCCUGUGAUGUUAUGGUGUACCCUGUGAUGUCAUUGUGUACCCAGUGGUGUCAUGGCGUAGCCUGUGAUGUCAUGAUGUAUCCUGUGAUGUCAUGGUGUACCUUGUGAUGUCAUGGUGUACCCUGUGAUGUCAUGGUGUAACCUGUGAUGUCAUGGUGUACCUUGUGAUGUCAUGAUGUAUCCUGUGAUGUCAUGGUGUACCCUGUGAUGUCAUAGUGUACCCUGUGAUGUCAUGGUGUAUCCUGUGAUGUCAUGGUGUACCCUGUGAUGUCAUGGUGUACCCAAAUGAUGUCUGUAUAAAACUGUUCCUGGUACUGUACCAGCAGUUUUACAUUCGUGUAUUAUUUCCUAUGAGUGUCUAUUAUACUGUGAUGAUGCGUUACUGUGCAUGCCUUUUGUUGUGUAGGUUGAACUACACAUGCCAGUAGUGGCACCAGGCAUGCUUGCUAUAUCUGUACCUCAACCAUAUUCACAUGUUAGAUAUUAUUAUGUGCAAAUAGAACAGUGUCCUUCAACUUAGAUAUAUAAAAAAAAAAAAAAAAAAAAAAAA